AUGAUACGAUAUGAUAUGAUCUUGCUGCUGGUCCAGAAAUCAACAGCUUCCGAGGCCGAAAGGGCAUCGUCCUGUUCAUGCUCCCAUACAGUUCUAGUCUGUGUAGACAAUCCGAUGAAGCUCACCGCUUCAGAUGUUGUCACUGCUUUCGCCAACGCGGAUGUCUCGAGUCUGGACGAGGCGGAACUGCGCAACUGUUUGCAGCUCGUCUCCAGGACGAAUCCAUUCGGGGCCGUCGAGGUGUCGGCGAAGCAAAUUCUGCCGGAUGCGAGAUGGUAUCAGUUGCCCGACGUCGACCGUGUUCUCGAAGUUGCCCGAUUCAAGCUUCACUUCUCAGUGACAAUCAGUCAGCUAUCAAAAAACAUCUACCUCAUUGAUCGAGUCUCGGAGGAGGCCAGAUCUUCCGCCAAGCUCCGACACGUUCUGGAAGCGAUUCCCAUUCGAGAUCCUCCGCCUGUGACAGACUCUCGCACGGAUCGUCCGAUGAAAUUCCCAGAGAGGCCCGGCGUCGAAGCUUCUCCGGAUGGGAGCCAGCUGAAGAGGUUAUCUUCCCCGAGGCCACCUCGAAUUCCAAUUCAGCCGGCAAGUCUCAAAGUCUACGAUCAAAAUCCGCUGCAAGCUCAUGAUAAGGAGGUCGCUGGCAUGAGGACGAUACGUUCCCCGAGGCCAGCUCGAGGUGGAGCAAAUCCCCCACGACCGAACGAUGGUGAUCACGAGCCUGCAGCUUUUGCGCCCACUGAGGCGAAGGCACUCCUCGAGGUCACAUUGACAUCGUCCUCGCCUCCACGGUCGCCACCAUUGCAACCAAUAAAACGUUCAGAGUCAAUGCAGUGGCUUCCAGCUUGCCCUCCCCGCGUUUUACCAUCGCCUCCAAUAUCGUAUCCUCCGACGAAUCCACCAUCUCCAGCGAAAGGUCGUCCGGGAGACAGAAUCGAACGUGGAUAUGUCAGGCUCCAAUCGGCUUGUAACAGGAGUGGGCUGACUAUGAAGGCGCUGUGCAGGAGCCUUCUGAAAGAGUCUGCCGAUCUGAUGGAGUACAGCAUCGAUCGGGAGAUUCCCUCUCUUACAGAGGAGGUCGACUUCGAGGUGAAGUCCUGGAGUCAGAGCUCGAGGGAGCUCCAAGACCUGCAUUCUGGAUGGAUCAGUGCCCAUGUGGCCUGGAAAUCCUUCGAGGGGGGUUGCUUUGCAGAUUGGGGUCCUCCCAUGGAAAAGUUCUUCGAGCAAGCGCAGCAAGAGCUUCAGAGGCUUUGGACCUUUCUUCUCGAGAAGAGUAGUUGCAUGGAGGAGCUUUUGAUUCUUCUGGAUGCAGAUCAUGAACAAUCCACCUCUUUCAAUGAUGGAGAGCCGAUCGUAUCCACGUUUUUGAAGUUUGCGGAGAACUACAAGAUCUGCGCUGAUGAAAUUCAGAAGGAGAGAGAAAUGGCUUGGAAGCUCCCCGAGGUACAUGUGCUGGAUGAUAUUUUCGUUUGGGGCGCAUCGGAUCUGGACAUGGAUCACCUGAGGAAUUUGAUGAGCUUUUGCCCGAACAAAGAACAGAGGGACAUGUUCAGCCUGCUGGUGAGCGAAGAAGGCAGUGCAGAUGCAGCAAGACAGAAGCUCUUGGAGUUGAUGAGUGUGCCGGGAAUUCACACUAAGCUCUUGUUGGAACGGCUGAACGAUCAUAUUGCACUCACAAAUGACGACUCGUCAGCCAUAUGA